AUGGCCCACAAUACUUAUACCAUAGACUCAGGGAAACCACCUCGACCAAGAAGAAGAUCUAAAUCAGCCUCAUCAAGAGUCAGACAUUAUUCUCCAGAUGUUAGAAACAGAGCAAAAUAUAUUGUUAAAGAAUACUACACAGAAAGUUCAAGUGCUGAAUCUGAAGAUGAAAUUCAUGUCAGAAGGGGGAGAAACAGAGGAAGAAAAGGUAGAGGAAGAAAAUACAGAAAGGCUAGAUCAGACUAUGAGGAUGAACUGAACCGAUCACUUAAUUUGACGGAAGAAAUCGAUGGUUUGACACGAAAAAUGAUGGACACCGUAGAUGGAGAAUUAAGACGUGCAGGAAGGAAAAAAGAAUUUCGCUCAUCUAUUUGGUAGCACAGGAAAAUCUCUUGCUUGGAAUUAUAAAAAAAAAAAAUGGAAGCUGUGAUAUUCUGAUAAGGUUCAGAACAAGAUGAUAUAGUUAAGAAAUAAUUAACCAAGAUAAUGUAGCUCAACAAUUAGACAUGAGAAACUUUAGUUGAUGCCUUAAAUACAUUAAAUGAUUGCCCAUGACAGUAUAAUUAAAAAAGUGCUGGUGCUUUGUAUACUAAAAAAAUAUAUAUCCUUUAGCACCGUAGAAUAUCAUUUGUUUCUACAAUACAAUAUAAAACUUCAUUAGAAUUGUAUUAUGAUGAAAGACGUUGCAUUUAUAGAUGUUUUUUAAAUGUUUGACCAAUCAACUAUAUACAUUGUCUGUGAUAUUUUUAAUUUAUUAUAACUUAUUUAUAUUGUUUUUUAUGUUUAUACCAAUAUGUCUUAACAAGGAUGCUUGUUAUUAACUUUUGAAUGAAAAUUUAAUGAUAUUUCUGAAUAUUGAAGUUGCAAUACUUUGAGGCAAUUAAAAAAGAAAAAAUCUCUAUUCAGCAAAAUGUUGCAAUUUCUUUUUUGUAUUAAAAAGUAACAGAAUAAAUCAGAAUAUCUUUUCAUUUUCCAUCUAAACAGACUUCUAAACUAAUCUGAAUUUUGAUUUUUGUAUGUCUUUAUAAUGUUUUAUAGAUGAUAAACAAUAUGUGUAAUUUUUAAUUCCAUCCAGUUAUUAUUUAUUCUAGUAUAUGUUUUAAAGUUUUACAUUUUU